AUGUCAUUUCUUGGGAUUCUUCAUCUGAAAGUUUAUCAAGGCUUUAAAGCAAUCUGCAGAUACAGUGAAACUGCAAAACAACUUUACGACAUAACAAAUCCUGUAAAGUAUGAGAAGUAUCUUCGGCCUUACCACAAAGAUGGCCCAGUGACUGUUGAAGUUCGAGUAACGGUGGUACACUUUGUUGCAGUGAGAGAGAUGAGUGAAGAGUUCUCAUUGGACCUAGUCAUCUGGCAACUCUGGAAGGAUCCGCGGCUGAACCAUUCUUUAAAUUAUCCAAUCACAUUACCUGGUGACGCAAAGAAGCUGAUAUGGCUUCCUGAUACGUUUUUUCUUAACGUCAGGAGUGCUACUAUCCAUGAUGUAAUCGCAGAAAACAGUAAAAUUGUCAUAAAUUCGGAUGGAAUUGUCGCCUACAGCACAAGUUACUGUGUUGUGAUUUCGAACACACAUUCUUCCUCAGACGCAUAUACUGCUGACGAGCUGGACUACAAAUGGUUCGAAAGUAAUCACCACAUAGAUGUCAAGGAUGAACAUUUGGCAGAGCUUACUCUCACAAACACGGAAGCCAUUAAAGAUGUUGAGACUUAUGCAGACGUUAUUGUUCUUACUGUCUUAGGUACCCACUCUAAACUUGUCGCUCGCUUCUGGUUCAAGCGCCGUCUUGGAUAUGCUUUCCUUCAAAUAUACAUCCCCACCAUCAUGCUGGUGGUCCUUUCUUGGCUGUCUUUCUGGAUCCCCAAAGACUCUGUUCCAGCCCGAGUGUCACUCGGAAGCACUACUGUGCUAUCAAUUGUAACAUUCACUGGCUCGUUCAGGAGCUCUCUGCCAAAGGUUUCCUAUGUAAAAGCAGUGGAUAUCUAUUUUAUUGUAUCCUUUGCUUUCAUUUUUGCUGCGACCAUUGAGUAUGUCCUGGUCUUGCUUAACACUGGGCUAAAGCGUCAUUUGUCAAGCAGUAACGAAGACGUAAGACACAACGAAAAGGAAAAAGAGCAUCGCCCAACUGAAGAAGUAAAAGAGGUUGGAGAGGAGACUGGAAACAAGCCAAAUAAAGGCCGAAGCAGUUCGAUGCAAACAGCUAAAACAUACUUGCAGUACGUCUUAAUCAAUAAUGAAGCCAGUUUUAUCGAUAAAGUGUGCCGCUUCCUUUUUCCGUGUUGCUACGUCAUUUUCAACUUGAUUUACUGGACCUAUUUCGAGUUGGCAUCAUUUGGAAAACACCCUCCCGACGAGUAAACACCAAGUGAGAAGGUUCUUCGGGAAAGAGUUAACCCUUAAUUAUAGACCGAAUGAAAGGGUGACCCACAACAGUGGUCUUGUACUUUACCACUCCUGAUUUACCAGUAACUGGUCUAUAUGUGCGAAUGGAAAUGACGGUUUUUUUUGUUUUGUUUUGUUUUUUUUAUCAUUUAGCAACUACAACGAAAACCAUGGCUCCUGAGCUAAGUGAAAAAAUUUUACAUUUUUGUCGGCUCGACGAAAUAUAUUCAAGUUUCUGUUAGUUGUGAUGAAACUAGGGAGUCUAUUAUGUGGCAAAACGUUAUCUCAAGUGAGUUGUUUCACGAGCACUCCGUCUUAUUUGCUUGACGGAAGGAGAAAAAGAACACAAACAGCAAACUAAAAAAAUAAAAACAAAAAUAAAAACAAGGUUUUUUCGAUAUCAACUCAAAAUUGAGAAUCACUGAAAGCGUUAGUAAAGGCCACAAAUAAAACAAGGGUUUACAUGUACCUGUUUGUUUAUUUGUUUGGUUGUUUGUUUGUUCUUACUGCUUGUUCUUGAAGUAAGAGAAAAGUAGAACACGCCAUCUGACGCGAGAUGGUCAAGAACCCAGUUCCCGCCUAGUAAAACUGUAGCGUUUUUCCAGCGAUGUUUUACCAUGCGUUUGUUUCCGUGACCGAAAGAAA